CAAGACUCCGCCCCUCUCCCAGAAUCACCCCGUCACAGACCUGCCCCUUCUCCGCCCCUCCUCGUCCCAGCCUCCGCCCUCCGGUCCGGGCGGGGCUCCGCGUUUGAACCGCGCGGCGGGCCGGGUCUCUGAGUCGGGUCGGGCCCAUAGGCGGCGGCGCGGAGCAGGCAGUCUGUGGCGCACAACACCAUGUCCCCGGGCAGUGGGGUGAAGAGCGAGUACAUGAAGCGCUACCGGGAGCCGCGCUGGGACGAGUAUGCGCCAUGCUACCGCGAGCUGCUCCGCUACCGCCUGGGCCGCCGGCUGCUGGAGCAGGCGCACGCGCCCUGGCUCUGGGACGCCUGGGGCCCGGAUAGCCCCUCAGACAGCUCGGCGUCACCUAGUCCGGCGCCCAGGGGCGCAUUAGGGGAGCCCUCGGCGCCUUCUGCGCGGGAGGAGGAGCAGACCGUGGCGGAGCGCGGCGCGGAGCUGCGGGGCGCGGAGGUUGGGGACGCGGAGGAGCCGGACACAGUGCUACAAGCACCACCCAAAAAAGAUGUAGAAGAAAAACCUGAACUACAAACUGGGGCAAAAGAGACUGACAGAGUGCCCGUCGGCCCCGAACCUCGACAGCAGCCUAGUGCCUUAUUUGCCAGAGGAAGUAAGAAAGCAACCAGAAGCCCCCAAAGGUCAACAAGCAAAAUAAAAGAGAACAAGCACCCAUUUGCUCUGUAUGGCUGGGGAGAGAAACAGAUGGACACAGGGAGCCAGAAGACACACAAUGUCUGUGCAUCCGCCUCUGUGCAUGAGAUUCAUGAAUCAGCACUUCGAGCCAAGAACAGACGACAGGUGGAGAAAAGGAAACUGGCUGCCCAGAGGCAGCGGGCUCACUCUGUGGAUGUGGAAAAGAACUGGAGGGUAAAGCCAACUUCCGCAGAGAACCCGUGGCUGACGGAGUAUAUGCGGUGCUACUCAGCAAGGGCAUAGAUGCCGGGACAUGCUCUUUCAAGUGUUUAUGGAAGAAAAGGAAAAACAAAACUAUCAAAUGAGACCACACACAGGUGGAAGAAAUAAAUCGACUGGCCCUGCAAAGCUC